AGGAAGCGGGGAUUUUUUGUUUGUUGUAAAAUAUACCAAGUUUAGAUGCCUCCUGCGGGAGAGAAUCGCAGGCUCUCCAGAUUUUACAUCAUCUGUACCCCUUUUUCUGCAGCACUGUGAGCGUUAAUUUAGGAUCUGUUCUUGAGCUGGCUGCCUGCAUGUUGGUUCUGUCCAGGAUUCCAUUAAAGGAAGCAGAAAUUUAUGGAGGUGUGAAGAUUUUCAGUUUUGAAUUGUAACAUUAACAGAAUUUAAUGCUUUUCUGCAGAAGAGGAGAGCAGCUAACUCCACAUUGUGCUUCAAAGGAACCAGGUUUCACCCCUAAACCUCACACUUUAACAACUUCUGAAGUGUAAAAGGCAAACGUACAAAUGUCUACCACAAGACUAAAGUGUGCUAUGUUAUGUUUUUUACCAUAAGCACCCAUAAAAUGAGCUCCAUUGCAGACAGAAAUGAUGGAAGCAUUUUUGAUGGGCUGGUGGAAGAAGAUGACAAAGAUAAAGCAAAAAGAGUGUCUAGGAACAAGUCUGAAAAGAAACGUCGAGAUCAGUUUAAUGUACUUAUCAAAGAGCUGGGUUCCAUGCUUCCAGGUAAUGCUCGGAAGAUGGAUAAAUCCACUGUACUGCAGAAGAGCAUUGACUUUUUACGGAAGCACAAAGAAAUUACUGCUCAGUCAGAUGCCAGUGAGAUUCGACAGGACUGGAAACCGACAUUCCUUAGUAAUGAAGAGUUCACACAGUUAAUGUUAGAGGCUCUUGAUGGUUUUUUUUUAGCAAUUAUGACAGAUGGAAAUAUAAUAUAUGUGUCUGAAAGUAUAACUCCCUUACUUGAACAUUUGCCAUCUGAUCUUGUGGAUCAGAGUGUAUUUAAUUUUAUCCCAGAGGGGGAACAUUCAGAAAUUUAUAAAAUAUUGUCUUCUCAUCUGCUGGAAGGAGAUUCAUUGACACCAGAAUACUUAAAAUCAAAAUAUCAACUAGAAUUUUGUUGCCAUAUGCUGCGAGGAACAAUAGAUCCAAAAGAGCAACCUACAUAUGAAUAUGUAAAAUUCAUAGGAAAUUUCAAGUGUUUGAAUAAUGUUCCCAACUCAGCGCAAAAUGGUUUUGAAGGAACUAUUCAGCGAUCACACCGGCCUUCAUAUGAAGACAAAGUUUGCUUUGUAGCCACUGUUAGAUUAGCUACACCUCAAUUUAUCAAGGAAAUGUGCACCGUUGAAGAACCCAAUGAAGAGUUCACAUCUAGACAUAGCUUAGAAUGGAAGUUCCUAUUCUUGGAUCACAGGGCACCUCCAAUAAUAGGUUAUCUUCCGUUUGAAGUUUUGGGAACAUCAGGAUAUGAUUAUUACCAUGUGGAUGAUCUAGAUAAUCUGGCAAAAUGUCACGAGCAUUUAAUGCAAUAUGGGAAAGGGAAGUCAUGUUACUACAGAUUCCUUACAAAGGGACAACAGUGGAUUUGGCUGCAAACACAUUACUAUAUCACGUAUCACCAGUGGAAUUCCAGGCCAGAGUUUAUUGUCUGUACGCACACUGUUGUAAGUUACGCAGAAGUUAGAGCAGAAAGACGACGAGAACUUGGUAUUGAGGAGUCUCUUCCAGAGAUAACAGCAGAUAAAAGCCAGGACUCUGGAUCUGACAAUCACAUAAACACAGUGAGUCUCAAAGAAGCUCUGGAAAGGUUUGAUACCAGCCCCACACCUUCUGCUUCCUCCAGGAGUUCAAGAAAAUCUUCGCACACUGCAGUAUCAGAUCAUUCAUCAACACCAACUAAAAUGACAGUGGAUACUAGCACUCCUCCAAGGCAAAACUUAUCUGGUCAUGAAAAGACUGCGCAAAGAAGAUCAUCUCUGAGUAGCCAGUCUUUAAGCUCCCAGUCUCUUGGACAACCAGUAGCACAGCCAACAGUAUCUCAGCCUGCAACUGUACAGCUCCAGUCUGGCAUGUCCCAGCCUGUGUUUCAGUUUUCAGCUCAGUUAGGAGCUAUGCAACAUCUAAAGGACCAGCUAGAGCAAAGAACACGCAUGAUAGAAGCAAAUAUUCAUCGACAGCAAGAAGAGUUGCGCAAGAUCCAAGAGCAGCUUCAAAUUGUCCAUGGUCAAGGACUCCAGAUGUUCUUGCAGCAGUCAACUUCUGGACUCAACUUUGGUUCUGUGCAGCUUGCUUCCGGAAAUUCUUCAAAUGUUCCUCAGCUUGCAUCAGUAAACAUGCAAGGUCAAGUUGUUCAGACUAAUCAGACUCAAAGUGGGAUGAACACUGGCCAUAUAAGUACUUCUCACAUGAUACAGCAACAGCCUUUGCAGAGUCCUGCAACACAGCAUAAUCAACAAAAUGUACUUAGUGGACACAAUCAGCAGUCUUCUCUUGCCAGCCAGUCACAGAACACAGUCUCGGCACCUUUGUAUAACACUAUGGUGAUUUCUCAGCCAACAACAGGAAAUGUGGUCCAGGUUCCUUCUAGCUUACCACAGAACAACAACCAGAAUGCUGCUGCAGUAACCACUUUUACACAGGAUAGACAAAUCAGAUUUUCUCAAGGUCAGCAACUUGUAACAAAACUUGUCACAGCGCCAGUAGCAUGUGGAGCAGUAAUGGUACCAAGUACUAUGUUUAUGGGACAGGUGGUGACAGCUUAUCCCACUUUUGCUGCCCAGCAGCAGCAGCCACAGACUUUGUCAAUAACGCAACAACAACAGCAGCAGCAAAGUCAGCAAGACCAUCAGCAGCAGGUCACCACAGUUCAGCAACCAGCUCAGCCGCAGCUGACCCAGCACACCCAGCAGUUCCUACAGACAUCCAGGUUACUUCAUGGAAAUCAGUCAGCUCAGCUUAUCCUUUCUGCUGCUUUCCCACUACAACAAAGCACUUUUACUCAGUCCCACCACCAGCAGCAUCAGUCUCAGCAGCAGCAGCAGCAGCCACUUUCUCGACACAGAACUGACAAGAUGACUGAUCCUUCCAAAGUGCAGCCACAAUAGCGCGGGGCUCUGCCACUUCUCGAAGUGAACUACCACGAGGGGGCUGCUCCGCCAGCAGUGGCACUGAGGCUACAGAGGUAGCAGUACAAAGGCUUUCUGACACCACGGUGUUGGGAUCAGCUUCUAACUUCUGGAAUCUGUUAAGAAAAGCCACAAGAUGAUGACGGGGACAUGGCCAACUUUGAUAGUAGCCCCAGUUUCUUGUUCUAAAGGAUUUGCUGCCAUGUGUUGAUUUGUCCAGGUGAAAUCUCAAAAUGUGACUGAAAUGUGAGGUAUGCUGAAAAUAUUGGGUUUUUUAUCAAUCCUGUACAUUUUUAAAGUAUUAAAAUGGACUUGGAGCAAUUGUUUGAAUUAGCAGAAGAAAAAAAAAAACACAAAUGCCAGGAAUAUAGUCCAAAAACCAUCUAAUUUUUUUUCAGAUGAUUAUAGGACAGUAAAUAUUUUGAAAAUGUUGUGUGAAAUCCAGUUCUCUGUUGUACAGAUGCUGUAAAAUAUUGUGUAUAUGUCUGCAUAAAAGGAGAAAGAGCAAAAUAUUUUAUAUGAUGCAUGAAAAUGUAAUCUGUUAUUUGUAGGUUUGAAUAUGUUUCCCUAAAUUCUCACGCCAUACUCAGACUAAUGUUUUCCUCUGUUCUACCCUUUUGUUUACAACAUGAUGCAUCAUUAUUUUUCACCCUUAAUGUGGGCACAAGUCUCUUGUUUGUGCUUUGUCUGUGAUGUCAGGGUUUGUUCGGUGAGGUUUAGUGUGUUGGUUUGUCGUUCUCGAGGUUAAAUUAUUGAUGAAGCUGUUUGAACUGGUGAUCAUUCAUCGGGGUUCAGGACAUUCAGAUUCAUGAAUAUCAUCCAUCAUUUCAUAAUUGAUUCAUUGCUUUAUUUGAAAAACAAAUAGGAAUUUGCACUGCUUUCUUGUGGGUGGUUUGGAAUUUUAUUCCCCAAAGCUAUCUUUUGAUAUAGUUCAUAGUUGGAAAUAUUUAUGUAAAAGGUUUAAAAAAAAAAUAUGACAGUAAUUUUCAAGAAUGUUUCAGUUAUAGGAGUAAUUUGCACAAAAAUAUAUUUACAUUUAAUAACCUUUUGGGCACUUUUUAACCACUUUCUCUGUGGUGAGAAUUGUAACUUGUUAAAAUAUGUUGGAAUCUUUUUAUUCUCCUUCAAAAAUUAGAACUGAUUCAGGGUCAUUUUAACAACAACAACAAAACCCAUAGUGCCUUGAUUUUAAUUCAGGUGAUAAUGUUUAACAUCUUGAAUUACAAUGUCUUGAAUCUGUAACCAUUUUCAAUUUUGAAGUCUUAGUACAUUGUCAACCAGACUUGUCUAUCUACUUCAUAGAUAUUUCUGUAAUUGUGUUGAUUUUAUAGUGGUCUGAGUUAAGACCAUGAUCAUUUUGGACUGGUACUCCCCCUCAAACACUAGCCAGGAACAGAGGAGUCUCUCAAAUCUCAGACUUGGAAGGUAAUACUCUUUAGAAGAUUAAAAGACCUAAAAGUACAGAACUCCUUUUGCAGGAGGAGGAAUAUUAAGCUGAUUUUGUUGUUGUUGUUGUUGUUUUGGGGUGUUCUAUUUUUAUUCAUCUUCAUAGCAUUUAAAGUGUUUUAGGGGAGAUCGUGAUUGCAUUCAGCACUACCAGACUAUUGAUUUAAGAGAUAUCAUUGAACUAAGACUUCAGAAGGCAACUUCACUCGAUAAAGAAAAUAAAAAGUUCCAACAGAUAUGAUGUGCUAUUUUAAGUAAAUGUUCAGUAGGUUUUUAUGGCACUAGUUUGUGGAAACCAGAACUUCAGAGGAAAAUGAAUAAAUGCUGAUAGAUUCUGAUAAUUAAAAGUAGUAAAAGCAGUUGAAGUUAGUACUAGGGAGGGAAAGCUGGAUUAAGCUUGAAUACUGAGGAGGAGUUGAAUGAAUGUAACCAAACGAUGAUGGACUGGUUUGUACUACGAAACAGUUUGAUUGUAUUGCUGGAUGAACCAAACCCGCAGGAAGGUGUUACCAGUUUAGCCAAGCAUGUUGGUUGCGUUUUGACGCUAGCCUUUGCCCCUGCAUGUGUCCUAUCAUUAGAUCUUUCUUAUUCCCCAGUUAUAAAGCAAGCAUUUGGCACCAAAAAGCACGGAAGUGAAUAAGGAAGGAGAGAGAAACGGUACCAAAGAGAAUCAGACUGCUUUCUGCUCCAAGAAGCCUCUUGCAACCUGGAGCAAGGAACAGAUGCCAAUACCAAACAUAGCAAGGAAUACUCCCCUUCUGUAAAGGGAUUUCUAGCAUUCUCUGGGUUGGAAUACUUGUCAGAAACCUAUUUGUGUAGAGUUCUAUGUGCAGAAAUCCUGCCUGGCUCUUGUAUCCCUACUAUGCCAUUCCACCUGUUUCUGAAUGAAGCUGCCUUUGACUACAGAGGUCUGUGCUAUCAGUACUUUAGCUUAGUGAAAAAUAGGUUAGAUAAAAA